CUUGGUAUAUCUUCAGCUGCCUCGGAGCAGAGUCACUGUCCCCAGGAGAUCGGAACUUAGAACCACCCCGGCAAGGGCCACAGCUGGAGGAUCACCCAGGUGUGGACAAGAUGGUGAACAAUUCCUCUCUUCCCAUGAACACAUCUGCCGGGACUCUGACUGUACCUGCUGGCUACAUUGUUCUGAAUGUCUUCUCUUACACAGUAUGUGCAGUCACCUUUGUCCUGGGUGUUCUGGGAAAUGGCCUUGUGAUCUGGGUGGCUGGAUUCCGCAUGAAACACACAGUCACCACCAUGUGUUACCUGAACUUGGCCAUAGCCGACUUCUCUUUCACCCUGACCUUACCUUUCCUCGCGGUCCGGCAGGCCUGGGGAGGACACUGGCCUUUAGGUUGGUUCCUAUGCAAGCUCAUUUUUACUAUAGUGGACAUAAACCUGUUUGGAAGUGUCUUCCUGAUUGCUCUCAUCGCCCUGGACCGCUGUAUUUGUGUCCUGCAUCCAGUGUGGGCCCAGAACCACCGCACCGUGAGUCUGGCCAAGAAGGUGAUCGCGGUGGUGUGGACAUGUGCACUGCUCCUUACCUUGCCAGUUAUCAUUCGUGUAACUACAGUGACUCGUCCAUUUGGGCAUCAAGUCUGCACCUUUGACUUUUCACCCUGGACCACAGACCGUGCAGAGAAGAUGAAAGUGGCCAUCACCAUGCAGACCGUCCGAGGGAUCAUCCGGUUCGUUAUUGGCUUUAGCAUGCCCAUGUUCACCGUUGCCAUCUGCUAUGGACUCAUUGCCACCAAAAUGUACAAGCAAGGCCUGCUCCAAUCCAGCCGUCCCUUGCGGGUUCUCUCUUAUGUUGUCGUUGCCUUUCUUUUCUGCUGGUGCCCUUUCCAGGUAGUGGCCCUCAUACUCACCAUCAGAAUCCGAGAAGUCCUUAGCGGGAUGGGUGGAAACCUUGGUGUUGCACUAAUAGCAACGAGCUCCCUGGCCUACUUCAACAGCUGCCUCAACCCCAUGCUCUAUGUCUUCAUGGGCCGGGACUUCCGGGAGAGACUGAUCCGCUCCCUGCCGGCCAGUCUGGAGAGGGCGCUGACUGAGGACUCAACCCCAACCAAGGAUACAGCAGCCAAUUCUGCCUCAGCUCCUGCAGAGGUCCAGUUGCAAGCGACAUGAGGAAGGUGCUGGGGACGCUUUUGUUGUCCCAGAUCCAGCUUCAUCUCAUCUCUAAUUAUACUGCACCACAGCCAUUCCCCACUCUCCUUAGGGUCAGCCGCUCAUUAGGAACAAUUCCCUGUGCCCACUGCUUCGGAGACAAGAAACAGAUGCCAGGCUACUGAUGAUGUCUGCUUUUGAUCUGGGGAUUCCACCUUGGGGUGGAGAAGUGAGAAAAGAUAAGGAGAUCAUGCACCCCUCUUAGCUGGAAAUGGUCCUGAUCAUAAUAAUUAUGCUCUAGCACAGUUAUUAGUAAUGUCCACUUCCACUCUUAAAGGUGUCCCUCUGUGGACAUUGAACCCUAUUAGUUCUUCCCAGGAAAAUGAAGACGGUGGGAGAAGUACCAAAUGUAAAAGAAGUACUUUCUCAGUAGCUGAGCUUUUCUUGAUGAAUAAGUAAGUGAAAAUGAAAAGCCAUAGAGGUAUCAGUCAAAGACCUCGAGCCCCUGGAGUUACAUAUAAAACUGCCCAAUCCAUUGCAUUACAAAACUUGGGAACUCAACUAUUCUCCCCACAGACCCUCCAUUUUCACUGUUACCCCAGAUGUGGCUGGGACAGAAUUAACCCAGUAUCUGGUACUUGCUGUCCUUCUUCCCAGGGUGACUAACACAGGGUACAACUCAGACAUCUGCCUCAAUUUCCUUACAAACUACUUGCACAAGGUCCUUAAACAUGGAAUGUAGUUUGUGUGGGGUCAGGCAAUGUGGACUAUGUCCUGGUCAGCCACAGACCAUGUGAAAGCAUCAAGUUGAACUCUAGAAACCCUUGUUCCUAAACAACUUUCUUCCUUCCCUUCUCCUCCCCUCCAGACUUUUGCUUUUUUUCUUGUUUUGCAAUUCAGGGACUUUAUCCCUUUUACCCUCUGACUUCCUAUGCCUGGGUCUCCUUUUAUAAUCCAAGCCAAGCUUUCAUGAUAGCACCCUCCUUACGAUGAUUGCUGGUGCCAGCUCUGAGGAGUCAUUUAGACACCGCCACAUUUUAUCAUUAUCAGGAUAGAGAAGAGAAAAAGGAAGAAGAGUGGUGGGUUGGAGAAGAAUCCCAGGAGCACCCAGAGUCAGCUGAUACCAGAUCACGCACUUUGGUGAGGGGCUGGAUGCUGGUGGUUGGCUUCACCCCAGUUCCAGGGGAGACCCCUGAGCUUGACCACAUGGUGUGGUCUCAGUAAUCCAUCACUUCUGUGGAGUCCCGGGAUGGUCCUUGUGUGCAGCCCCCAGCAAAUGCCUCAGCCUUGCACUGUAGCAUCCAAUGAACUUAUUUAAUCUAAUGCCCCUAACCCUGAUGCUUCUGAAGGACAUCGACAGAUCCUUGUCUUCCUCCGACAUACAAAAGCUUUCAAUAAAUGUUAAACUAAAUCUUA